AUGGCUGCUGCGGCCGGGUCAUCUACAUACGCAAAGAUGGUAGCUAAGCCAAGCAUCUGGCACCGAGCCACCACAUUCGGUCGGUUGCUGGUCUAUGGAAGCCCCUCGUCCACUGAUCUGGUCAUCCUCUUCAUUGGGUUCGUAUCUUCAAUUGCAUCCGGAGUCCCAUUUCCCAUAAUGUCGAUUGUUUUUGGACAGCUCGUCGAUGGACUCAACUCGGCAACCUGCGAGGCCAGCAGUUCCAGCGCUGAGUCGUACCAGUCGGGAAUCAACGGCAAGAUCUUGAUGAUCGUUUACGUCGGUAUCGCAUAUUUUGCGCUCAUCUACAUAUACUCCCUUUGCUGGAACCUCUCUGGCGAGAGACUGGCCCAGAGACUGCGAGAAAAAUACUUGAGCGCUAUUUUACGUCAGGAUGCGGCUUUCUUCGACAACUUGCCAGCCGGGGAGGUGGCCGCACGGAUCACAGGCGAGAUAUCGGUGGUACAGCAGGGAGCGAACGAGAAAGUUGGCAUUGUGAUCAAUAGUGUUUCUUUUUUCGUUGUUGCAUAUGUAGUGGCCUUCAUCAAAGAUCCAAAGCUGGCUGGGAUACUUGUCUCGCUCACCCCAGCGUAUCUUUUGAUGGCGUUGGGUGGUGGGUACUUUGUGCAAAAGUUCUUCGCACAGACAAUGGAGGGCAUGGCCAAAGCAUCUUCGGUUGCCUUGGAAGCUUUUUCCAAUACCAUGCUUUUGCACGCAUUUUCGGCGAAUGCACAACUCGAGAAAAAGUUCGUCGACGUUUUGAAUCCAACUUUGGCAGCUGGCGUGAAGAAGUCAAUUGCCAUGGCGAGUCAGGCUGGACUGUUGUACUUCAUCGCCUUCUCGGCGAAUGGUCUUGCAUUUUGGCAGGGAUCGCGGCAAAUCGCUGAGGCCGUCGAAGCCGACGGGGGUAUCUCGGUGGGCGCAAUCUUUACAGUCAUUCUUAUCCUUGUAGACGCCUCUCUCAUCCUCAGCCAAGCCGCACCCUUCCUGAAAAGCUUCGAUGCCGCGUCGGUGGCAUUUCGCAAGUUAGAGUCCGAUAUCGAGCACUCUUCGGCUAUCGACGGCACAUCCGAAACUACCGGUCGGAUACUCUCAGAAGCUACAGGAAACAUUGAGUUGCGUGAUGUAUCUUUCACAUUCUCAUCUCGCCCAGACAGACCCGUGCUGCAAAAUCUCUCUCUGACCUGUCCAGCUGGUCAGCAGACGGCCAUUGUUGGUCUUUCUGGCAGUGGGAAGUCCACCGUUGCGGGACUGAUCACUCGAUUUUAUGAUGUGAACAACGGCUCUGUUCUGUUGGACGGCCACGAUGUCAGGGAUCUCAAUGUACGAUCCGUGCGAAGUUACACCAGUCUUGUACAACAGGAGCCUUAUCUACUGGAUCGAUCGAUCCUCGAGAACAUUGCCCUGGGUCUCAUCAACUCUCCUAGACAUGAGCAUCUCCGUACUAUGCUGAUGAGCAAUGCCCUAGCUGAAGUUGCCGCUCUAGUGAGAGACGGCCAGGACUUGGUUACAGCCUCGCUAUCACACAGCACCGAAGCAAGAGAGAUCGUGCAGCUGGUACUGGAUGCCGCUCUAUUGGCCGACGCAGACGGAUUCAUCGAGCGGCUCGAAGAAGGCUAUGGGACUCAUGUCGGCUCCAAGGGAAAUCUCAUCAGUGGUGGUCAAAAACAGCGUAUCUCACUUGCGCGCGCUUUGGUGAAAGAUCCGCGUAUUCUCAUUCUCGACGAAGCAACGGCUUCACUGGACUCGGCAACGGAGGCUCGCAUCCAAUUGGCGUUAGAAAAGGUGGCAUCUGGUCGAACUGUCAUCACCAUUGCGCAUAGGCUGUCAACCAUCAAGAAUGCAGAUAACAUUAUUGUCAUGCGUCAGGGUAAACUGGUGGAACAAGGCACGCACCAAAAUCUGAUCGAGGCGAAUGGAGCCUAUGCCGAGCUUGUUCGUCUUCAGAAUCUCAAUGUGCAUGGCGAUGGAGAUGAUGGGAAAGAAGGAGUCUCCGCCAGCUCUGGCUCGUCUGCACAGGAGUUCGAUGAGAAGGAAAUCAUGGCUGAUGCCGCAAGGGAAGUCAAGCUUGAACCCUCCGAAAAGAAGGAUGAUUCAGAAAAGCCAAGGCUAGAACGAAGUUUCGUGUCGACAACGCGAUCCAUGGGCUCGCUCUUCCGACCAUACUCAUUUGUUCUAAUUUUGUCUGUCACUGGCGCCGUGAUCAUUGGCGGCACGUACUGUGGCUCAGCCGUGAUAUUCGGCAAUGUCGUGGGAAAACUGAGCGGAUGUGAGGAACCCGAUACUAUUCGCCAUGCCGGGUCUUUGUUUGGACUCAUGUUCUUUGUGUUGGCCAUUGUUGAGUUCCUAGCAAAUUUCGUGAGCUGGUCACUGUUUGGUUGGGUCGCAGAACAGGUCAUUUACAAAGUGCGAAUACUCUCGUUGCGCUCCAUUUUGGAGCAAGACCUGGAAUGGCAUGAAUCGAAAGAGCGAAACCCUUCCUUAUUGUUGUCGCUUAUUACCCAGGAUAGCAGUGCGUUGGGUGGUUUGACCGGCUCCGUCAUCUGUACGAUCCUUUCAAUUCUCGUCAGCCUGGUCGCGACAAUUACUAUGACGCACAUCAUUGCUUGGAAAAUUGCAUUGGUCUGUCUAUCUGUUGUUCCACUGCUGCUUGGUGCUGGCUGGAUGCGCCUCACCACCUUGGCCGAUUUCGAAGAGCGCCACCUGGAAGCCUUCGCGAACGCCAAUGCUAUCACGGUAGAAGCCGUCAAUUCAAUAAAGACGGUCAUGUCGCUCUCCUUGGAGCAUGAAAUUAUGGGCACAUAUCGACGGUCUCUCCAAGGACCCAUACGCCAGAUUGCCAAACAUAGCGCGUGGGCCAACUUGUGGCUAGCUGUUGGCUACGGGCUUAGCAACUUCCUCUACGCGUUGGCUUACUGGUGGGGAUCGAAAAGAAUUAUCGCGGGCGACUAUACACAGACUCAAUUCUUUAUUGUGCAGCUAGCUCUACUCGUUAGUUCUCAACUUUGGGGUCAAAUGUUCGCUCUUGUGCCAGAAGUCUCGCGUGCAUUUCACGCCACUCGACGGCUAUUGAAUCUCCUCGAACUCGGAUCAACUACGAAACUUUCCGCACCUCUCAUGCUACUUGGCGAUAUUGAAGCCACCGCCCCUACCGUUGAAAAAUUUGUUCCGCUGUCAACUGGUGGUAUAAGUGUUUCCUUCAAACAGGUUGAGUUUUCAUACCCUGCGCGGCCAGAUACACGUGUGCUUCACGGCCUGGAUCUGAGUAUUCAACCUGGUCAAUUUGCUGCUCUCGUCGGCCCAAGUGGUGCUGGAAAGUCUACAAUCAUCUCACUGGUAGAGCGUCUCUACAAGCCAGAAUCCGGCUCGAUUCAAGUCGACGGUCAAGAUAUCGCAUACGGUGACGGUUCAUUCCGUCAUGAGAUCGCCUACGUCCCACAGCAAAGUGUCAUGUUUGAUGGCACAAUCCGAUUCAACCUUACUAUCGGCGCUAGACCCGGUCAAAAAGUGACACAAGAGGCACUCGAGGUAGCAUGUAAGCUGGCCAAUAUUCAUGACACAAUCAUGGAGAUGCCCGAUGGAUAUGACUCCGCCUGCGGAUCAAACGGGGAUCGGCUGUCGGGUGGCCAGAAACAGCGGUUGGCGAUUGCGCGAGCACUCGUUCGCAAGCCCAGGCUCUUGCUACUAGAUGAGUCAACGAGUGCCCUUGACGCGGAGUCCGAGCGCCUGUUGCAAGAUGGACUCGAAAAGGCCGCUAAGAAUAUGACAGUUAUCGCCAUCGCGCACAGAUUGUACACAAUUCGCAAGGCAGAUGUCAUUUUCUUGAUUGAGAACGGUCGGUGUGUGGAUCGAGGAACCCAUGCACAGCUCAUUGAGCGCAGUGAGAGUUACCGUGUGAACGCGUUGAAUCAGGCGGUGGAUGGGUGA